AUGUCUCCACUUCCUCUGUCGGCGGCGGCGAAUCAUCUCCGCCGCGUCCGUCGUCCGGAAUACAUACCUAACAGGAUCUCCGACCCGAACUACGUACGCGUCUUCGACACGACCCUCCGAGACGGGGAACAGUCACCCGGCGCCGCCAUGCAGACGGAGCAGAAGCUGUUGAUCGCUCGUAAGCUGGCCGAGCUCGGCGUGGAUGUGAUCGAAGCCGGUUUUCCGGCGGCAUCAGCGGCCGAUUUCGAGGCCGUGAAAGCCAUCGCCGAGACCGUCGGAAACGACGUCGAUGAGGAAACCGGCUACGUGCCGGUGAUAUGCGGCCUAUCGCGGUGCCGGAAAGAUGACGUGGAGGCGGCUUGGGAGGCGGUGAAGCACGCGAAGAGGCCGAGGAUACACGUGUUUAUUUCGACGAGCGAUAUCCACAUGGAGCAUAAGCUGAGGAAGACGAGAGAGGAAGUGAUUCAGAUGGCUUCGAGUAUGAUCAGGUUUGCAAGAAGCUUGGGCUGUGCUGACGUGGAAUUUGGGGCCGAGGAUGCCGGGAGGUCGGAGAAGGGGUUCAUGUACAAGAUAUUGGAAGAGGUGAUAAAGGCAGGGGCAUCGACCGUAAAUAUCGCAGACACAGUGGGCAUAAAUACGCCUGACGAAUUCGGGGAGUUAAUAUCAGACAUCAAAGCAAACACUCCUGGUAUCGAUGACGUCAUCAUCUCUACCCAUUGCCAAAAUGAUCUCGGCCUUGCCACCGCUAAUACUCUUUCCGGAACGUCUGCCGGAGCAAGACAAGUCGAAGUCACUAUCAACGGUAUUGGCGAAAGAGGUGGAAACGCAUCCCUCGAAGAGGUUGUGAUGACUCUGAAGUGCAAAGGGGAGCAUGCUUUUUGUGGCCUUUACACUGGAAUUGACACGAGACACAUCGUCCCUGCCAGCAAGCUGGUGGAAGAGCACACGGGGCUGCAUGUUCAGCCGCACAAGGCCAUAGUUGGAGCCAAUGCAUUUGUUCAUGAGAGUGGUAUCCAUCAGGAUGGAAUGCUCAAAAACAAAAGCACUUACGAGAUAAUGUUGCCGGAAGACGUGGGGCUCGAACGAUCCCAAGAACUUGGCAUUGUUCUUGGGAAGCUUAG